UUAUCCAACCCAGUGGAUCACAGCUUACAGCUCCUAGCACAAGGUUAGGAACCUGUGCUGUUUUGGUACUGGUAACUUCUCAAAAUGCUACUGGUGUCUACAUGGGAAGAGCAUUGGACAAGAUGGUGUAAAACAUUGGACAAAACCUGCCCAGUUUUCCAAAUAUGUUUGGGUUUGAUUUUCUACAUGAAGAACAAAUCAUGUUAUCAGCACUGUGACUCCAGGUUAUUUCUUUGCAGUCAGUCAGCACAUUCUUGCCAUUGCAAAGUCAUUAGAGAUUUGUCAGACCAUGGCAUAUAAUUAACCCUCCAUAAAUAGAGUAAACCCAUUUCUGGGCUAAACACUGAGCUUGUGUGGAGGUUCCAUCCUGUGCUCAAUCCUUAGUUCCCUUUUUCAGUGCGUGGUUAUCUGACUUAUCUGCCAUCACUCAUCACUUCUGGGGGAUCACAUUUGUACUUGAAAGGCAGCAGUUAUAAAAGAAACCCACGGGGGGGUGACCCAGAGGACACUGAACAAAUGGAGCAGACUCUUCACAGGACUUGUGAGAGUGCACAGGCUCUGUAAGAUGGUGCCAAGGCCCCUCUGCUGAUGCCUGGCCGUGCUUCUUCACCAGCUAGAGAUGAAGGCCAGCAGGAUGCAAGUUUGUCUGAUCCUCCUUUGGACAACCCACUCAGUUCAGCCCAACACACCCCAAGCUGCACCAGUUCAGGUUUUCCCACCUGUUAACUUCACCCUUACAGUCUCUGCAUUAGCACAAGUCCUGUUACACUGGGAACCAAACCCUGCUCAAGACCAAAAAAACGACACCGUUAGAUACGAUGUGAAAAUCCUCAGCCCUGUGCCUGAAGAGUAUGACACCAGGAAGACCCACAGUGUCCGAACGGUCGCGCUCCACGACGGCUUCUCCGCACGCGUCCGGACGUGGCUUCUCCACAGUGACCUUCAGAUGAGAAGUCAGUGGGUGCAGGGAAACCUCCCACCUCUGCCAGGUGCUCCGGGGACAUCCGUCACCAAUUUGUCCUGUGUCACUCACCUCACCAUUUCUGGGACUGUCUCUCUGCACUGCUCUUGGCUUCCUGGCCCAGGGGCACCACGAGAUACCGAGUACUUUCUGUUUUACAGGUACAAGAACCACACUGAGGAAUGUCACCGUUAUGCCAAAGACAAGCUGGACAGGAAUUCUGGCUGCAGCUUUCCAGGGACUCACAUUGAUCCCCAGGAGGUUGAUGAUCUCGUAAUCCACAUUAAUGGGUCCAGCAAAUGUGCUGCAAUCAAGCCUUUUCAGCAGUUAUUUAACCCAAAUGCCAUUGAGAAAGUGAAUGUUCCCAGAAAUAUCACUGUAUCCUUGGAGGAAAAUGAUCUCCUGGCCACUUGGGAGAAGCCAAUUUCUCUUUUCCACGAGGAAUGUUUUGAAUAUGAAUUUUACCUCAUCAACCUGAAGUCAGGUAACAAGCAGAUAUUGAAAUUAUCCUCAAACAAAUUCCGCUUGAGGAUUGAUGUCACCAGCAGAUAUUCCAUCCAGAUCAGAGCUAAUCAUCACACGUGGUGUAUGAGAGGAGUUUGGAGUGACUGGAGUGAAGUUAUUUAUGUUGGGCAAAACAAACUGGAGAAUUCUGUGGCCUGGAUUCUUGCUGUGCUUUGUGUGUCCACGUCCUGCACAUUCCUGCUUGUUGCUUUAAUAUGCAAAAUAAACCGUGUCUGGAUCAAACUGUUUCCACCAAUCCCAACACCCAGCAACAAAUUCCCAGAUCCCUUCCCAGUUGACUACGAGAGGGCCCGGACCUGCACCAGCGACACGGAGACCGAGUUCAGCAGCUUGGCUGAAGAUCUCUACUGCAGAGCUCUGGAUGACUCUGUCUUCUGAGAGGCUGCUCCAUGUCACCUCCACGUGUCCACAUUCCCAACAGGAAGGAGGACUUGCUUCCACUUGCUUCCAUGAGCUGCUGAACACGAAGUCCUGGUUGAAACAGGAUAUAAGCACAUGGCACAAGGGCUGUGUAGGGAAAACAGUCUGGAAAAGAGCUAAUGGCUUUUUUUUUUUUUUCUGGCUGGCAGUUUAAUCUUUUGGAUAUUUGUUUUAACUAACUUUGACAACUCGAGAUGCAAAAUGCAAAGUGGGACUUGGCACGGCCCUGGGAAUGGCAGCAAGGCACCCAGCCAUGGUCCUGCUGGUGACCAAGGUGGGCCAAACAUUAGGAAAAGAAUUAAAGAAGAUGUGAAGCCUCCCAGUGCUCUCAUCCCUGGUGCUGUAGCAAGUCCAGCAUGAGAGUGGGAUCCACGUUUGGCAUCACUGAUACACUUUGUA